UACCAGAAUUUUGCGUAAUUUUUUUUGGCACAGUAAGACGGGUUUGGUGGAUGUGCCUUAACCUUUUUUGAGGAGGCUCAGACUCAACAUUCAGUGUGGUUGUCGAUACCAGUAACUGCGAUGAAGAUGAAUCAACCGAAGUACUCGUAGUACUUUCAUUUGUUGAUGAUGAACUCUCCUCGAUGGCAACAGUGGAAGGAUGCUUCUUUUUAAUGUGGUUUAAUAAUGUGGUCGUAUUUCCACUAUAUUUGAAUGAAUCUGAACACUGUUUACACCUAACACGUCCACUCACUGACGAUGAUUCGAAUACAUCCCAAACUAUAGAUUUUCUUUUAGGACCUGGCAUUUUUAAAAACAUAACAACGCAUAACACGCAAAAACUAACCGGCACUUUAAAGAUAACCUCAAAUCUACAUGUUAUUGUUAUGAUACUCGUUUGUUUGUUAUGAAUGAAUGAAUGUCAGUGAAAGAAAUGAAUAUAGUCUCACUCAAAUGAUCGGCAAACUUCGCUCCAUGUCGGUUCCAUUCGGUUUUCGAACUCGAGUUAGAGAGAAUUCAACUCGAGUGGAUUCGAGUUACGUCCAACUCGAGUUGACUCGAGUUAGGUACUCGAGUUAACCAUCACUAAUUUACAGUCAAUCAGUGUGGCGGCGGUGUGCGUGUGUACUUUUACUCGGAAUUUAAAAUAACUUAUAUGUGAGUGUGGACGGUUGUGAUGUGAUGUGAUGAUUGUGAUGAUCGCUGAUAUCUAAGGGCACGUCAUUGGCAACCUUUAGAUACUUAAAUAAUAAUCUGUAACAAUGAGAUAAACCUUUUUUACCUGCUUGUAGAGCUGAAAGUGGUAGUGUACCUAAAUAAUAUAUUCAUAAAAUUUUACGGAAAUUGAAGCGAUUACGUUCAUGACUAACAACAACGAACAAAAUGGCCACCAGCCUCCUUUACCGCCACAGACACAGACCGCAAACCGACAAACUUCAGAUCAACAAAGUCAGUUUAGAAAAUGUCGUGACUUUGUUUGGGGCAUAUGCACUAAAGGUGCACAGUGUAAAUUUCGACAUGAGUUAGAUGUAGAAUAUAUGAAAGAGAUUUUGAGAUUUUGUCAUGAUUACCAAAACAAAACAGGCUGUAAUAGACCAGAUUGCACAUAUUUGCAUGCGAGUAGAGAAGAAGAAAACCUCUUUCUAACCACAGGCCAAAUACCUAGGGCCCUGGCGGAAAGAUAUGCAGCGAUGUCCAACGCACCGAUGAGCAUGUAUGUGAACGAGUAUUUAGCUCAACCACCACCGCCACCACCACCGCCUCCACCGCCGCCGCCGCCGCUCCCUAGUUCAGCGUUGCCACCUCUUCCAGCAUCUACAUUAUUGGCACCGCCACCGCCUCCACCACCUCCGCCGCCGCCAACGACAGCUGUUACACCUGUUCAGACGACACCACCCCUAUUUUCAGCUCCACCUUCCUUUACCAGUCCUGCAAUGUUUACUGCCACUCAGCCACCACCACCACUGCCACAUAUUUUCGACGCCAGUAGACCUCCUCCGCCAUUGCCAACUAAUGCAACUCCUAAUAAAAUUGGCGCCAUCAAACGAUCUGCCGAGCUUUCUGAUGAGGCCGGACCAAGCAAAACCAAGAAAGCGGACUGCGUCAAAGUUGACGGCCACUGCGAAAACUGUAUCCAGCGGGAACUCAGGGCUGAGCUGUACCGCCAGGAGUUGCAGAAGCUGGAAUGUGAACAUGAAUAUCAAUCAUACAUAUUCGAGAAGAAGUCUGCAGAAUAUGCCAAUGGCCGGUUGUUGCUGAAGUCUGCCGUGAGCUCAGAUUGGUUUCGUAUCCUGGACGAAUAUAUAGAGGAGUCUUCUGAACCGGCGCAAGCGCAAACACACGAUCUACUAAGCCAGUUCAACCAAGCGUCUUCAUUUACAACGCACGAAGUUAAUGAUACUACUGAAGAAAGAAGUGAUGAAAAUGACAAUAGUCACAUUUUCUCUACAGAAACUCAAGAAGUAUCGGAAAAUAUACUCGGAGAAUAUGAAAGUCUU